AUGGUUUUGUUAGUAUCGAAAAGAGGGUGUCGACUAUGGCCACCAUACUUGACACAAGUUACUCGACCUGGUCAGACUAAGCCUAGUCAAUUGAAGGUGUUCGUUCGCUAUAAAAGCCUUGAUGCAUCAACAGAGGCACCAACAAUGGCAUUAACAAAGACAACUCGAAAUAUCGGUAUAAUAGCUCAUAUCGAUGCAGGUAAGACAACUACUACAGAGCGUAUGCUCUAUUACAGUGGCCAUACUCGACACCUAGGAGACGUUGAUGAUGGCUCUACCGUCACAGACUUUCUCCCUGCCGAAAGAGCCAGGGGAAUCACUAUUCAAUCGGCAGCUGUGACCAUGCAUUGGCCUCCUGUGAAUGAGAAGAGGACCGAAGAUUUUCGAUCGGAUGUAUCACAUACCGUUAAUCUGAUUGAUACUCCUGGCCAUGCAGAUUUUACAUUUGAAGUCCUUCGUUCUUUGAGAAUUCUUGAUGGUGCUGUGUGUAUUCUUGAUGGUGUGGCAGGGGUAGAAGCCCAGACGGAGAAAGUAUGGAAACAGGCGAAUAACUAUAGUAUUCCUAGAAUUGCUUUCAUCAAUAAGCUUGAUCGUGAAGGAGCCGCCUUUGCAAGAACGGUCAAGGAAAUUGGAUCGAGACUUGGAGGUUGGCCUGCGGUCUGUCAGAUCCCGUGGUGGGAAAAUGGCAAAGGGAAGUUUAUCGGAGUUGCUGAUGUAGUCAACCUUAUUGCUCUGAAAUGGAAAGAAGAUGGCGACGGCAAAUCCUUCCGAUACGUCGAUAUUUACGAGUUGGAAAUUACUGACCCAGACUUCCGUUUAGAAAUUUUGAAAGCACGAGCUGCACUCGUGGACGCAUUGUGCCAUUUCGACUACGAGUUUCUUGAAAUCUGGUCGGAUAGUGAUUCUGAUCAUGGCGUCUCGUCAGAAGACAUUACAGAAAGUCUAAGAAGAUGCGUGCUUGGCGGCUCUGGUAAAGUCAUACCUGUCUUUGCUGGAGCCAGUUUUCGGAACAUUGGAGUUCAACCACUUCUUGAUGCCAUUAUUGAUCUCCUACCGAAUCCUACUGAAAGGCCUAGUCCAGAGGUUCGACUCGGCAACGUCCAUGGCAGUCUAUCCCAGCUUUUACUUGGAGAACUAGACCUCACCGCAGCGCAACCGAAAAAUAUAUCCAAGAAAUCCGAUCCCCAGACUUCUCUCGUUGCCCAGAUCAAAGCUUGUGCGCUUGCUUUCAAGGUAGUCAAUGAUCCUCGACGUGGCGUAUUAGUUUAUAUCAGGGUAUACUCCGGUAGGGUCAAGCGAAACUCUACCUUAUGGAAUACGAAUCUUCACGUUUCCGAAAAAGCUCAAAGGCUUUUGCAGAUGUACGCAUCCGACGCGGUAGAAAUAGAAAGCAUUCCAGCCGGCCAGAUUGGCGUUAUCGCCGGGUUGAAACAUGCUCGCACGGGCGAUACUUUAUUGUCAAUUACAGCUGCUCAUCUGAAAAACGGUCCACCACCACCCUUAAAUAUCCUUCAACUACGACCGAUUGAAGUCCCUCCACCAGUCUUUUUUGCUGCGAUAGAACCGCAUAGUCUAAGCGAAGAGAAGAACGUUGCUGAAAUAUUGCAACUCUUGUUGAGAGAAGAUCCUAGUCUUCAUGUCAAUAUUGAUGAAGAAUCUGGACAAAUGCAGUUGAGUGGUAUGGGUGAGCUACACCUAGAGAUCGCCAAAGAUCGACUUGUGAAUGAUUUCAAGGCCAAGGCAACCAUGGGUAACAUCGAAAUCGGCUAUCGAGAAUGCGUCCUGUCUCCAGCAUCACCUCAUCAUUAUAUUUUCGAUCGUGAAGUUGCUGGUAAGAAAGGAAAGGCAGGGUGCGAAGCUAGCAUUAGUCCGGAUGAGCAGCCUUUAGAAGAAUCAGACCAUACUAUAGAUAUAGAUGGAAACACAAUUACUAUCCGUAUUCUCAGACCUGCUAAACAUGAUGGAGGCGAUGGAACCCUGACACUGCCCUCCAAGAUGACUCUGGCCGAAGUCCACACGGCAUUGAUCAAUGGGGCCGUUGCAGGCCUUGCUCGUGGUCCACGUCGUGCAUUCCCACUCCAUUCUGCACAUGUACUAUUAAAAUUUGACACCAUCGAGGAUGUUUUCGGCUCUGCGACCACACCCGCCGCAUUAUCUUCUGCAUCAAGACACGCAGUACAAGCUGCUCUCAAAGAAGCGUUCCAGGCAAACUCCAUCGGACUAAUGGAGCCGGUCAUGAACGUAGUUAUCAGCUGCGACGAAUUAACCCUCGGUGCAAUUAUUCACGACAUCUCAUCAGCUCGAGGUGGCCAUGUGCUAUCACUCGAACAUGAUAGCGAAGUAGAAGAUUCAGAGUAUGAAAUGGCACGAAUUUUUCAACCUAGACGACAACCUAAAAUUUAUGCUCCCCCAGAUCCUUUCGCAUCGGGAACCAGCACAGAUUCGUCAGGUCCUGGUCAGCAGCGCCAAGUCACUGCCAGAGUACCAUUGAAAGAAAUGGUUGGAUAUUUGAAGCAUCUGAGGAGUAUGACUAGUGGCAGAGGGACUUUCAUUAUGAGUUAUGAUAAGUUUGAAAGAUUGUCUGGACCGAGAGAAAAGGCUUUGUAG